CAGGCCAUAUACCUCACCACUGGAAGCAUGUCCCCAGAGCAGCUCCUGCAUCAGCAAACUAAACCGGGGGAGGUGAACGAAGUUACUUUGGUCCGUUUAAAAGCACGAAGCCAGUCGGUUGGUAACUUUGCCGUGCACCUCGUACGUGAGAUGUUCAAACCGCACGAGCUAGCGGCGAAAAACGUUUCAGGAACUAGAAACAAAGACAAACUCGACCCAGAACGCGUGGCGAAGAUCAGAAAAUACGUGUUCGAGUUAUUUCCCACCACUGAGAUGAUGGAAGAGAAGGUAUGGAGCGAUUGUCGCAAAGCAAUCGACGAAUUUUUGCGACGACCGAACAAGAGGAAGAAUCAAGACAGACUAUCUGGCGAUGCACUCGAUCAGUUUGGGAUAAAAAAGGACAAACUGAACGAUGCACAAGUUAUUGGUCCUCCGUGAGGAAGCAUGAUUAAGCACACUAGAAGAAUAUAUGAAAUAUAUACGAACACGUGCACAAUCAAAUCGUGGUUGGCAACUCCUGCAUGGGAGCUGUCAACAGUCGACUUUCAAGAAAAAUUCUGUUGGAACUUACGGUUGUAUCGCGGUAUCGGCGUAUCGCAUCCCUAAUAACUGUUGGCCGGUGUUUGUGGACAAAGUUCAAGCAUAUAUAUAAACCAACAAACAAUAUUAUGGGGUACAGUACUUUUACAUCCCUAUUAUUGCUGGCCCUUAUUGUAGUGACUGUCACACAUUAGCAGUUUAGAUUUGGUAAAAGACCCAGUUAUAUUAUAGGCGAUUCAGUGCACGAAUUCACCAACGGCAACGAAGUUUUUUAAAACUACCGCAUCAAUGUCAAUGAACUUAGGAGGCUUCUUGCUUCUUUUUGAAUACACUUUACGCUGCAUUA